AUGGGUUGGGUCUAUAAUCUCAACGAAAAAGAUCCAAACAGCGAGAUCCCGAAGGUGAUUGGCGUCUGCUUAGCUUUCUCGAUUUUUUCCCUUUUCGCCGUGUGCCUGCGGUUUUACGUGAGAAUCAGCCGCAAUCGGUCUCUGUGGAUUGACGAUUAUGCUGCAUUGGCGAGUUCUGCCCUGACACUUGGUUAUGCUGGCAUCGCUGUGGCUCAAACACGAUGGGGUCAGGGUCUCACUUCAGCCUUUUUUCCAGAGGAAAAUGUAAUCCCUUUCAGCAAAAUACAGUACGCUGGUGGGCCUGUCUACUGUCUCGAUCUUCUCGGCUUCAAGGUUGCCUUGCUAGCUUCAUAUCUGCGCAUUGGCGGGGUCGUUGCUCUAUAUCGAAAAAUAGUAAUCUGUACCAUCGCCAUUUGCGUCGUUAAUCAAUUGAUCUUCACGUUCAUCAUGUCGAUGUCCUGCACACCAAUUGCAAAACAAUGGGAUAGCUCGCUUGAAGGUCAUUGUAUCGACACAAUACCGUUCUACUUUUGCUUGGCAGGCAUAAGCAUAGGCCUGGACAUAGUAAUUAUCGCACUCCCUCUGCCAGUCCUCUGGAGACUGCAGCUUAGGACCAAGCAGAAACUUCUGCUCAUCUGUUUGUUUGCUCUCGGCUUCUUCGUGACGGUGAUUCAGGUCAUCCGUAUAUUCACUAUUAAGGCCUUAAAGACCUACACGGACAGCAAAAGUAUCGUGAUCUGGUCUUGUGUGGAGGUCAGCCUAGGUGUCGUUGUUUCCUGCAUUCCAACUUACGGGCCUUUAUUCAAAUCUCGUGCAUCCACGGACAAAUCAUACCAAACUCCGAACACAGGGCGUUCCUAUCCUCUUGGCACUCUUCAGAACGAGGCUACGACUGGACUAGCAACUGGCAGUUCGCGCAGGAGGAGCGACUUCAAGCAGCUAUGGGAAUCAGAAGGACGACAAACAACAGUGGUUGAGUCAUGUAGAGAUGGCAUACCGGGUGACGCUGAUAGCCAGAAGCAUAUGCUGCCCGAAGCUGAAAACCUAGAAGUCUAUGUGACCUCAGAAUUUACAAUAAAGUCAGCCGCUGCUUUUUGA